UGCCAUCUCUGUAAGUCCCUGUCCUCCCAAGCCAGAAAAAAACCGUGAAUCCCGGCUGACUUCGGCCAUUGCCUUAGGGAAGGUCUGGGAGGGGCGUCCCCGCUCGUCAUCACUCCCUCCGGCUGCUCCGCCCGCUUCUUCUUCACGGGCCAGCGUUUCAAGUGUGGUCUCUGUCCCGGCCGGGACACGGUCUCCGACCACCUCCGAUGUGACCCGUGGUCCCCCGAGACCCAGUGUCACCGACGAACCCUCCAAGCGCCCCCAGAAAACCUCGGGGACUGAGGGUUUCGAGCCCAGGGAGAGAUCCGGGAGGAAGCCAUCCCCGGAGGGCUCACGCUCGCGAGACCGUCAGGAGUCGGAGGCUCGCACCGCCUCGCUACCGACCUCCAAGGCACCGUCGAAACCAUCUCGACACGCCUCCAAGCCGCCUGGGACAGGGGCAUCCUCCUCGACGAAGGCGGUACCAUCAGAGGGGUCGCAGUCAUCUAAGACCCACUCCAAAAGGACCGCGGUCCUGCAUGAUUUGCCGGACAACCCCUUCUUCCCGCCUGAAGACCCGGCGGCGACUCCGACAUCCUCUAAGAGGAGGCACCACACCGAGACCUCUGAGGCUCCUCCACCCAAGAAGUCCAAGUCCAAGUCCACCACGAAGGACCGCACCGGGUCGGAGCGUUCGGCCAAGUCGGCAGACCAUGCUUCACGAAAGCAUCGUUCCCCUCCCAGGGAGACCGUGGAGAGGACCUCUUCGCGCCCUGAGACGGUGACUCCGAGGCAUGCGACUACGGUGCCGACCACACCACUUCCGCAGACUGACGAUCUGGCCGUCGACCAACCAACCUCUCCUGCGAGGGAGCCUUCUCCACUGUCGGUCCACUCUUAUGUGGACGAGGCUGCCCCCCUCCCGGAUGUCGAGGAACCAUGGGCUACGGACGCUGACAUGUUCUUCGACACAGAGACUCAGAGGUACUACAUGUCGGUCCCCAAGGAGACGGCCUUCAGGGAAUUCACCAGGCUCAAUCUGCGACCUGCGAUUCCCCAGACCGACAAGCCAUCAUCCUCCCAGACCAUGGCCUCAUCUUCGGUGCCGCGUCGCCAGCUCCAGGAGCCACCGGCGCCACAAAUCCCGGCCCGCACUCCAUCUCGAGCUAGGGUAGCGGAGAUUCCUCUGACAUCGGACUCUGAGUCGGAUCGGGAACCCUUGACUCCAUCGCGGGACCCUUCCGACGUGGAAGACGACCCUUCUGACCCGCCCUCGCCGCAGGAGAUGCAUCACCCGGGCUCUUCAUCACCUACUGAUGAUGUUCGCUCCUUCAGUGAGCACAUCAUCAAGAUGUGUCGGACUCUGGACAUUGACCUCUCCCCACCGGAGGAGGAAGCCCGCGACCCGGUGGAGCGCCGAGUUGUUGGUCGGGUUCCCACCCCACCUUGCAUCCCGAUGCUGCCUUCUCUGCAGUCCAUCGUACAGAGGUCUUGGGAGACCCCGACUUCGCUUGCUGCGUCCUCCAAGAAGGUCGAGACGCUCUAUCGAAUCUCACCGACCUGCCCGUGGCUGACCAACCACCCCAAGCCGAACUCGGCCAUCGUUGAAGGGGCACAGCAGACCUUCGUGCCAAAGCAAGCGACGUCUCCAGCCGACCGAGAGGCUAAAAAGAUUGACGUCCUGGCCAAGGCUAUAAACUAUAAUGCCUGCAUGGGGGCAUACAUUCAGGCCUUGAUGGAGGGAAUCUCUCCCAUCGUCCCUGACGUCCCUGAUGAGGUCCAACGUCGCUUGGUGGAGAUCCGUGAUGAGGCCCACUCCAUAGGGAACUGGAUCAUCACCGCCUCCAGGAACGUCGCCGACUGUGCGGGACGAGGCAUGGCAGCAUCGCUAGCCCUGCGCCGGCACGCUUGGCUGAGAGGUUCCGACCUCAACGCCAAUGUGAAAUCGGCCAUCGAGGACAUGCCACUGGACGGCACCGGCCUUUUCCAUGCCGACACCGACGAGCGUCUGAACCGAAAGUUCAGAAUGAAGGCCGCUGCCAAGAAGCAUGGGAUGUCUACCACUCCCAUCUCGCCCUUCAGAAGGAGGCACCGUCCUUGGCCACCUCAAGGUCAGUCCCAGGGCUCUUUCUCUCAGGAUCGGCAGCCCCAACAACAGGGCUCACAGAGGCGCCGUUAUCCCUCGCAGUCUUCCUCCUCCUCUGGCCGUCGCAACUUCCCGCCUCGGUACCGCAAGUCCCGCCGGCAGGAUACCGACCAGGGGAAGAAGAGAACCUGAAGGGACGCAGCGCACUUUGUUCCCCCUUCGCCCUUAUUCUUCUUGGACAUCUUAAGGCCCUUUGCUUACACCUGGGCCUCGAUAACAUCGGACUCGUGGGUCAUUGACAUCGUCCGCAGGGGGUAUGCCCUCGAGUUCCAAGAGCUCCCUCCAACCGGAGCAUUUCUGUCCACCUCCCCCUCGGACACCCUUCUCGACGAAGUGUGCACUCUUCUUGCAAAAGGGGCAAUCUCCCCUUUACCACCCGAACAAUUCCCUAGGGCCUUCUUCUCCAGGUACUUCACGGUACCGAAGGCUGAUGGGGGGAUCAGGCCCAUUUUGGACUUGAGACAAUUGAACCUGUUCCUUGAAUACCGUCGUUUUCGAAUGGUAACCUUAGCCUCCAUUCUGCCUCUGCUCCGUCAGGACCUGUGGUUUGCUACCGUCGACCUGAAGGAUGCCUAUUUCCACAUCGGGAUUCGGGAGUCUCAUUGAAGAUUCCUCGCCUUCACCGUGGGCUCCGACGCAUACCACUACAACGUCCUCCCCUUCGGCCUGGCCACGGCACCGAGAGUCUUCACGAAGUGCAUGGCACCGGUGGUGGCUUAUCUCCACCAAAGAGGUUUCAUGGUCUUUCCAUACCUGGACGACUGGCUGUUCGCCGCCGAAUCCCAGAGAGAGCUGCAGGACGCACUCUCAUUCGCCUUACGCCUCUUGGACUCCCUCGGACUGGUCAUCAACCACGAGAAGUCCCACUUCACUCCCUCCAGGCAGGUCAAGUUCAUCGGCGCCAUCCUCGACUCCGAAACAUGCUCCGCCUUUCUCCCUCCAGACCGUUUCCAGGCGCUGACGACUGCC